AAAAAGAGCAGCAGCAAUUACGAGAACAAGAGCAGCAGCAAUUGCAAGAACAGCAGAAUUUACAACAACAAGAGCAGCAGCAUUUACAAGAACAGCAGCAUUUACAACAACAGCAGAAGUUACAACAGCAGCAGCAUUUACAACAACAAGAACAGCUUUUAUCACAAGGGCAACAACAUUUAGAUUGGGACCAACUACUUAUAAAACAAAUAGAACAACUGAAACAUCAAUUGCAUCAACAAUUACAAUAUCCUUUAGAACAGCAAAAAAAUUUUUUGCAAAGACAAGAAGGAUUUUUACAAAACAUCCGGCAAUUUCCAAAACAACUAUAUGAUACCUUAAUUUAUCAACAAAAUACACAACUAGAACAAGAUAUCAUAAAAAACUUACAAUCUAUCGAUAAAUUCCUAUCGGAUCAACAACAAUUCAUAAGCGAACAACAACAGAUUAUACGAGGGAAGCAAAUUUAUGUUAAUGAACAAAUCAAUAAAGCAAACUGUUUUGACUUUGAAAAUGACUAUGUAAUUAUUAGUAAAGAUGUUUAUAAUGUUCAUAUUCAAAGAUAUCAAGAUCCUUUUUACUUAACAUAUCUUCAAUCAAAACAUAAUUCACUUGAAAGUAAAUAUCAUAAUCUUCGAACUGAGUAUCAAAAUCUUAAAUCUGACUAUCAAUUUAUUGAAUCAAAUUAUCAAAAACUUCAAUCAAAUUCUCAAAAUGACCGUAAUGAUUUAUUAAAAAGGUUAAAUAAUGUUAUAAAAGCUAAUGAUGAUUUAAAAAAAGAAGCUACAAAGUAUCAACUGGCCUUGGGUAAUGCUACAAGUUCUCACUUAGAAUCUCAUGAUUCUGCUAGCGCCGGUCAAUUAUCAAAGGAUAUUCGUAUUUUACAUAACCGUUUAGAAAAAUUUUGUGGUCUAAAAAGAGGAAUUGAAAUUAAUGAAUCGGAAGUAAAGCUUCUCUUAGAAAAAUUUGGUUGCCAAUUAAACGGUGAAAUCAAAAAUAAUAAAAUUUUGAUUUCUGGUUUAUUAGAACGACUUGUGAUUCAAACCAUCAUUAAUAAAAGUAAUGAAUAUUUUAAUGAGAAUAAAACAGUUGAUAAGGAUAAUAACGAUGACGAACAAGAUAAUGAUCAAAAAUUGGAAGCAAAAAUUGUUAAUACAACUGAACAGUUAUUGGCACUGAUAGAUUUGGUUCCAGAGAAUCGCGCUGGGAAUGAUGAAGUAAGCAAAGCUACAUCAACAAAAUUACGUCAACAAAUUUACGGUGUUCUUGGGAAUCGAGGAUUUUGUAACAUUAAAGAAGAUAAGGAACAUCAAUUAAUUGCAAAAUUGC